AUGAGUAGGGAGCAGCUUCUAGAGAUGGAGAUAGGGAAGAUGAGUAGGGAGCAGCUUCUAGAGAUGGAGAUAGUGAAGAUGCGUAGGGUGCAGCUUCUAGAGAUGGAGAUAGUGAAGAUGAGUGGGGAGCAGCUUCUAGAGAUGGAGAUAGUGAAGAUGAGUUGGGAGCAGCUUCUAGAGAUGGAGAUAGGGAAGAUGAGUAGGGAGCAGCUUCUAGAGAUGGAGAUAGGGAAGAUGACUCCCCAGCCGUCUGUCAGCCAACACCCCCAACCUGUAGCCCCUAGCCAGCUAGAACCUAAGACCAUCCCCCAACCUGUAGCCCCUAGCCAGCUAGAACCUAAGACCAUCCCCCAACCUGUAGCCCCUAGCCAGCUAGAACCUAAGACCAUCCCCCAACCUGUAGCCCCUAGCCAGCUAGAACCUAAGACCAUCCCCCAACCUGUAGCCCCUAGCCAGCUAGAACCUAAGACCAUCCCCCAACCUGUAGCCCCUAGCCAGCUAGAACCUAAGACCAUCCCCCAACCUGUAGCCCCUAGCCAGCUAGAACCUAAGACCAUCCCCCAACCUGUAGCCCCUAGCCAGCUAGAACCUAAGACCAUCCCCCAACCUGUAGCCCCUAGCCAGCUAGAACCUAAGACCAUCCCCCAACCUGUAGCCCCUAGCCAGCUAGAACCUAAGACCAUCCCCCAACCUGUAGCCCCUAGCCAGCUAGAACCUAAGACCAUCCCCCAACCUGUAGCCCCUAGCCAGCUAGAACCUAAGACCAUCCCCCAACCUGUAGCCCCUAGCCAGCUAGAACCUAAGACCAUCCCCCAACCUGUAGCCCCUAGCCAGCUAGAACCUAAGACCAUCCCCCAACCUGUAGCCCCUAGCCAGCUAGAACCUAAGACCAUCCCCCAACCUGUAGCCCCUAGCCAGCUAGAACCUAAGACCAUCCCCCAACCUGUAGCCCCUAGCCAGCUAGAACCUAAGACCAUCCCCCAACCUGUAGCCCCUAGCCAGCUAGAACCUAAGACCAUCCCCCAACCUGUAGCCCCUAGCCAGCUAGAACCUAAGACCAUCCCCCAACCUGUAGCCCCUAGCCAGCUAGAACCUAAGACCAUCCCCCAACCUGUAGCCCCUAGCCAGCUAGAACCUAAGACCAUCCCCCAACCUGUAGCCCCUAGCCAGCUAGAACCUAAGACCAUCCCCCAACCUGUAGCCCCUAGCCAGCUAGAACCUAAGACCAUCCCCCAAUCUGUAGCCCCUAGCCAGCUAGAACCUAAGACCAUCCCCCAACCUGUAGCCCCUAGCCAGCUAGAACCUAAGACCAUCCCCCAACCUGUAGCCCCUAGCCAGCUAGAACCUAAGACCAUCCCCCAACCUGUAGCCCCUAGCCAGCUAGAACCUAAGACCAUCCCCCAACCUGUAGCCCCUAGCCAGCUAGAACCUAAGACCAUCCCCCAACCUGUAGCCCCUAGCCAGCUAGAACCUAAGACCAUCCCCCAAACUGUAGCCCCUAGCCAGCUAGAACCUAAGACCAUCCCCCAACCUGUAGCCCCUAGCCAGCUAGAACCUAAGACCAUCCCCCAACCUGUAGCCCCUAGCCAGCUAGAACCUAAGACCAUCCCCCAACCUGUAGCCCCUAGCCAGCUAGAACCUAAGACCAUCCCCCAACCUGUAGCCCCUAGCCAGCUAGAACCUAAGACCAUCCCCCAACCUGUAGCCCCUAGCCAGCUAGAACCUAAGACCAUCCCCCAACCUGUAGCCCCUAGCCAGCUAGAACCUAAGACCAUGCCCCAGCCUGGACCCCCUAGCCAGCUAGAACCUAAGACCAUCCCCCAGCCUGGAGCCCCUAGCCAGCUAGAACCUAAGACCAUGCCCCAGCCUGCAGCCAGCCUCUGGACGCCAGCCCCUAGCCAGCUAGAACCUAAGACCAUCCCCCAGCCUGCCCCUAGCCAGCUAGAACCUAAGACCAUCCCCCAGCCUGUCCCUAGGCAGCUAGAACCUAAGACCAUGCCCCAGCCUGUCCCUAGGCAGCUAGAACCUAAGACCAUGCCCCAGCCAGCCUCUGGACAGCGAGAACCUAAGACCAUCCCCCAGCCUGCAGCCACCUCUAGGCAGAUAGAACCUAAGACCAUCCCCAGCCUGCGGCCAGCCUCUAGGCAGAUAGAACCUAAGACCAUCCCCAGCCUGCGGCCAGCCUCUAGGCAGAUAGAACCUAAGACCAUCCCCAGCCUGCGGCCAGCCUCUAGGCAGAUAGAACCUAAGACCACCCCCAGCCUGCGGCCAGCCUCUAGGCAGAUAGAACCUAAGACAAUCCCCCAGUCUGCGGCCAGCCUCUAG